CGAGACCAAACCUCACGUAGUAAAAGGGGGCGGCCUCUCGGCUCUCUUUCCUCUCUCUCUCUCUCUCUCUCUCCCUUUCUUCUCUCUAAAAUUCCAAUGGCCUCAUCAUCAUCGUCAUCAUCAUCAUCAUCUUUUUCCAGUCUCUCUGCAAAAGCUCGCCCUUUCGUUCCCCCAACACAUCGUCACUCUUCGUCAAAAUCCACGCUCUCGGCUAAAGCUCCCCCCUUUACCAAGCCAUCAUCAAAUACGCGCCUUUUCAUUGAACCGUACGUGCCCUCGCUCGAUGACUUCGAUGAUUUUGAAUUCUGGUUUCGUGAUGACGGAGCCCCGUCCGCUUUCGGUGAUGAUAUUCUGGGACCCGCAUGCAACAUUGAGGAUUUUCCUGUCGCUAUUGUGGGGCCAUGUGAUGCUCCCUUUAAGGGGCUGAAGGUGGCGCAGUUGGAGGAAAAUGCCACAAUUUCAAGUGUAGUUUCUUUGUCAAAAUCUGCAGAUAGCAUGGGAUCUUUACCUGAGGUUUCAACUAUAAGUCAAAAGCUUAAAGUUGCCGGAAGAAAAGCGAAUAAUGACAUUUAUAAGCUUAAAGUUGCUGGAAGAUAUGCGAAUAAUGACAUUAAUAAGAGCACUGACACUGAUCUUAAUUCCUUUCUGAUGAAGAAAAUACCAUCUUCAAGUUCCGUGUGUGAACCUUUGAUCAAGCCCAUUAAGCUUUCUAAAAACUUGAAUUCUGAAAGUGUUUCUGCUAAGGAAAAUAUUUCCAUGGAGAAUUCUCCAAAAAUGGUAAAUCAGAUUGAUCUUGAUGUGGAUUCACCGUGUUGGAAAGGAACUUUAGCUUAUGGACAAUCAAAAGAUAUUCUAAGAACAUCUCAAGCACAAGAUAAAGAAGCAUCACAAUUGGAUGGAGAGUUCGUGUUUACGGAUGACAUUGCUGACAUGAUCUACAUUACUGAUAUUACCGACAUUACCAAUCCUGAGUCUGCUGGUUUUAAGGAUGCAGUUCAAAAGAGCUCAUCUCAUAUUCAAUGUAGUGCUAGCGAUGUCACUUCUCCAAAUGUUACUGUUGAGUCUCAUGGUCCAGCUAUCAUUCUAGGCAAACAUUCAUCUGCAGGAGAACAUGCAGCGCUAAUUGACGAGACUCUGCAGUGCUUACAUAGAAGGCUUUUGUCUCGUACCUUUAAAGAUGAGAAUUCACUAAAGAAGCUUCUCGAUGACAUCCUCCUUUUAGCAAAUGAUUAUCCCGAAGCCUUUGUGCACAGGAACAAAAAGGGUUUUGUUAAAGAGAACUUACAUGAUGCUGAACUGGACUUUGCUCAGUCACAGAUUACUGAACUAGAAUGCUGUUCCAGUGAAAUGGAGGAAAAAUUUACGCAUUUGAUUGGGUCAAGCAUCAGUGAUAAGUUUGAUAACCUACCCUCAGAUCCCACUAUAAUAAGAAGCUUGGCUAAUGACUUCGAUAAGAUUCUGAGAAUGAAUUUCUCUGAGCGGGAAGAAAAUCCUCGUGCAUUAUUGCACAAAAAUCUCUGGAUUGAGGCGCAGGUUAAGUUGUUGACAAUGAAGUAUGAGCUUCAACUUGCCCAGGCAAAAGCAACGAGUCAUUUGUAGCUAAAGCUUCCUCCAUGAGGAAUGUCACAUGAGGAAAAUUAGUAGGGCUUUGGUUUGAAGUGCAACCGUGUAAGUGAAAACUGCAUCCUUUUUUGAGAAUUAGUUGCGUUCAAGUCUGGUGGAUUGUGAGCCUAGAAAGUCACUUGGGUGAAAACAAAAUAGUUGAUGCUCUCUGUAUUUUUUUUAUGUUACAAGGGGGCAUCUUUAAGAUUUUUUUGCACAGAGUUCAAUUCAUUUUGUUAACUACAGCUUUGAACAGUAACCAUAACUACAGUUGAAUUGUACUUUAUAUAUAAAAAUAUAUGUGAACAGAUCAUAGUUGGAUGGUAGAAUUUUGGUUGUCU